CCCUUUUAUAUCACGACGAGUGUCACGCCAUGGACACUUGUCCAUCUCUCUCGCUCUGACCCCUUUCAGGUAUCUUUUAUUUCUCAAAGAGGAAUUAUUGAUUUUCCAUUUCCAAAGAAAAAAAAUAAAUUCGAAGGUCAGGAAAAUUAACAAAAAACUUCCUUUUUUUUUUUGUUAGUUUGUGUGACUGAGCUGCUUCAUUUUUUUUCUUUCUUUUUUUUUUUGGUUUGAUGAAUCGAUUUUUGUUGUCUAUUACUGAUUGGUUUUCUUGUUCAGAUUCACUGAUUCGAAGAGAAUCAUGAUUUUUUUUUCCCGCUGAAUAAUAAGCAUAUGAUUGGGUGUUUUGGAGAUUUGUUUACUGAUUAAAAGGAGAUUCCUUUCCAUUUUCACCAUUUGCUCUGUUUGACUUCAUUGUGCUUAUAUUUCAUUUAGAUCUUUUGUUUGGGUUUAGCUUUGGAACUGAUAAAAAUCUGAUUUUGUCUCACGGCUUUGGAUUUGGUUCUUAAAUUUUGGUACUUUAAAACUGGAUAAAGAUCAGUGCUUUUUUAGAUUCUUCGUUUGUUGAUGAAUUUAUGGAUGUAUGUAUAAUUAAACCAUAAUCUCUCUGCUUGUUUGUUUUCUUAUAGGUAAAUAUCCAGAAGCUUGAUCCUCCUAGUUGUACGAAAGCUUGAGUAAUGGGGUCUAGAUUAAACUUCAAGAGCUUUGUUGAUGGUGUGAGUGAGCAGCAGCCAACGGUGGGGACUAGUCUUCCAUUGACUAGGCAGAACUCUGUGUUCUCGUUAACCUUUGAUGAGUUUCAGAACUCAUGGGGUGGUGGAAUUGGGAAAGAUUUUGGGUCUAUGAACAUGGAUGAGCUCUUGAAGAACAUUUGGACUGCAGAGGAAAGUCAUUCAAUGAUGGGAAACAAUACCAGUUACACCAACAUCAGCAAUGGUAAUAGUGGAAACACUGUUAUUAACGGCGGUGGUAACAACAUUGGUGGGUUAGCUGUUGGUGUGGGAGGAGAAAGUGGUGGUUUUUUCACUGGUGGGAGUUUGCAGAGACAAGGUUCACUUACCUUGCCUCGGACGAUUAGUCAGAAAAGGGUUGAUGAUGUCUGGAAGGAGCUGAUGAAGGAGGAUGACAUUGGAAAUGGUGUUGUUAAUGGUGGGACAAGCGGAAUUCCGCAGAGGCAACAAACGCUGGGAGAGAUGACUUUGGAGGAGUUUUUGGUCAGGGCUGGUGUGGUUAGGGAAGAACCUCAACCGGUGGAGAGUGUAACUAACUUCAAUGGCGGAUUCUAUGGAUUUGGCAGUAAUGGAGGUCUUGGGACAGCUAGUAAUGGGUUUGUUGCAAACCAACCUCAAGAUUUGUCAGGAAAUGGAGUAGCGGUGAGACAGGAUCUGCUGACUGCUCAAACUCAGCCACUACAGAUGCAGCAGCCACAGAUGGUGCAGCAGCCACAGAUGGUGCAGCAGCCGCAACAACUGAUACAGACGCAGGAGAGGCCUUUUCCCAAACAGACCACUAUAGCAUUUUCCAACACUGUUGAUGUGGUUAACCGUUCUCAACCUGCAACACAGUGCCAGGAAGUGAAGCCUUCAAUACUUGGAAUUCAUAACCAUCCUAUGAACAACAAUCUACUGCAAGCUGUCGAUUUUAAAACAGGAGUAACGGUUGCAGCAGUAUCUCCUGGAAGCCAGAUGUCACCUGAUCUGACUCCAAAGAGCGCCCUGGAUGCAUCUUUGUCCCCUGUUCCUUACAUGUUUGGGCGAGUGAGAAAAACAGGUGCAGUUCUGGAGAAAGUGAUUGAGAGAAGGCAAAAAAGGAUGAUAAAGAAUAGGGAAUCAGCUGCAAGAUCCCGCGCUCGCAAGCAAGCUUAUACGAUGGAACUGGAAGCAGAAAUUGCGCAACUCAAAGAAUUGAAUGAAGAGUUGCAGAAGAAACAAGUUGAAAUCAUGGAAAAGCAGAAAAAUCAGCUUCUGGAGCCUCUGCGCCAGCCAUGGGGAAUGGGAUGCAAAAGGCAAUGCUUGCGAAGGACAUUGACGGGUCCCUGGUAGAGCUUAUAAUGGCGUCUAAGGAACCCAACAAAGCGCCGAAGUUAUAGAACAACUCAGAAGAUAGAAAGCUAGCUUUGUACGUAGUUUAGGCAGGUUCUGUGGGUGAUUGUAAAUCUUGAAGUGUGGCGGAUUUGACAGAGAUAGAUAAACACAUAUCUGUUCUAUUUUCCUAAAUCUUUUGGUUUUAUCUUCCUGAUGUAAUGGAUCUUUAUCAUUUGUCUUGAACAUCUUUGUGACUUAACCAGAGUGAAUUUAUCUUGUAUCUUGUCUGCAAUUUUUUCUUUAGCUCAUUUGGGCCCAAGUCAACACCUUUA